GGGAUCGGCCUUAAACCCACCCCAACUCGAAAAUCCCAAAUCAGAGUUCUAGGGUUUUAUCGUAGACUUUCGAUCAUUCCUCUGUUCGGCGAAAAAUGUUUCCAGGAAUGUUUAUGCGUAAGCCUGACAAGGCUGCUGCACUCAAGCAGCUCCGAUCACACGUUGCUAUGUUCGGCGUAUGGGUUGCUGUAAUUCGAGUCACCCCCUAUGUUCUUCACUACCUUUCCGACGAGAAAGAAGAACUCAAGCUCGACUUUUAGAAGUUGAUGCAAUCAGCAAGAUGGUAGAUCUGGAAAAGACAAAAGGGAGUAGAGGAUGCUCAAAAAACAGGUAUUUGUGUGAUUAUAAAGUGAUUGUAGGGCAUAUGCCCUUAUUAAUGUAGAUUGUAGGGUAUAUGAUGUCACGAGUUCCCAAUAAUUCAGAGCGUCACUGUAGGGCAGAUGUUGCCCCUAAGUUCCUGUAUGCAAUUUAAGACUGUUUCUGCAGGGGACAUCAUGUCCAUGCUUCAAUUAAAUCUUCUUGGCACCAUAUUGUUUGGCUUCAUUUCACA